AUGGCUCUUCUGGUGGUGAACCCUAGGAUUGCUGUUGAUUUUUUCAUCAAGCUGUCUCAGAGCUGUGCCAGGUGCCUCAGAGCCCUGUACUGAGUGCUGUGGAGCUUGAAGCUGAGCCUCUGAUCACUGCUGGUCUCUGGGAUUAGUCUGCAGGAAGAACUGGUGCUGUGGGAUGAAAGCCAAGCUGAGCUUUCCUUGUACACCCACAGCCAGCAGAAGUCCUCAGAAGAACUGGCAGAGUGUGACAAGGACCUGCUAAUCCCUCUGCAGCUGCUGGAGAUGCCAGAGGGCCCAUCAGUGAGGAAGUUCCAGCUGCUGACCUCCCCUUUUGUGGGACAAGUGGUGGCCAAGGUGGGGGGAAGCAGCCGGAAGCUCAGUGUGAAUGACCUGAAUGCCCUGAGGCUCCAGGACUCCCAGGUUCAUGGGAAGAACUUGUACCUGGCAUUUGGGGCAGCUGAAGGUCCUGUUGGACCAACUGCAGAGGAGACAGUGCUGCAAGGAGAGGCUGCUUGUCGGGCACACUGUCCUGCCCAGGGACAGCAAGGACAGGAUGGUGCUCCACAUCCCUAUUCCCAGGAUGAGGAGCUGCAGGAAGCCCAGCACUCGAGAUCUGAAGCCCCAGAGGCAGCAGAGGGUCGCGGCAAUUGGCUGCGCAUCCAUUUUGGCAUGUUCGGCAGCGUCCGGGCAAACGAGUUCUCGAGGGCAAGCAGAGCCAAUAAAAGGGGGGACUGGAAGGAUCCUGUGCCCAGGCUGGUUCUGCACUUUGAGAGUGGAGGCUUCCUUGUUUUCUACAACUGCCGGAUGCUCUGGUGCUCCUCUCCGAGGGCUGAUCCUGCUUCUGACAUCCUGUCUGUGGAAUUCCACCGAGGCCGGGCGCUGCGUGCCCUCUGUGCACCCGAUCCCAUCUGCUACACCCUCCUAGACCAAAGAUAUUUUUCAGGGCUGGGGAACAUCAUCAAGAAUGAGAUCUUGUACCUGGCCAGGAUCCACCCGUUAACACCAGGCUCCCUCUUGGCUCUCUCAGAUCUGGAGCGUCUGCUGGAUUACGCUGUCCAGUUCAGCUCUGAGUGGCUGCACAACAAACUGCGUGGCCAAGGGCUGCACCCCCAGGUGUACCAGAAGGAGCAGUGUCCCCUGGGGCAUCCCCUGAUGAAGGGCACUUUUGGACCCUCGGGUGGCUUCAAGAGACUUACAUGGUGGUGCCCUCAGUGCCAGCCUGCCAUGCUGCCAGGGGAUGGGGACCCUUCCCCAGUCACUGAGUGACCUGCCCUGCAGGGUGCUGGGUGGUCUCUGAUCCAUGCUCUUUGUUGUCCUAGAAGGUCCCUGUGGUUUCUUUUAGGCUGUUGAGUUUGGUCUUUAGGGAGUUGGCAGAGUUAAGUGCUCAGUGGAGGUCUCAGGUCCCCUGAGUGGCUGCAGAAAGAAAAAGUGGCUGUCCAGCUGUCCAUGGGGCUUUUUUUUUUUUGUCACAGUGGCACCACAGUGUAAAG